GAACAUUUUGUACAUUUGAGUUUAUUAUUUGUUUUUUGUGUUGUAUAAAAGUAGUUUUUUUUAUUUCGGGAAAAACAUUUUGUUUGGUUUUUUUGUUCAUUUGAAUUGGUUUUUACUUAUGGCAGACCCAGCAACGAAUUUGGCUAUAUUACGCAAAUGCGGAAUACCAGAAUGGGUCUUGGUAGACGAAGAUUGGAAAGAAUUUAUUGGUUUUUUCAAAGAUAAUAUCAACGAUGUCAAUGUUUUGACAGAUGAAGAAUUGGUUGAAUUGGCCCGGUUGAAAAGAGAAGAAAAUGAAAAUACAAUCACUCUUGAUCAGCGAAAGGAAAACAUUUCCAGAGAAUUCGAUGGGAUAUGGUCAAUAAAUGAAGAUGAAAUUGCUGAAUUGGAACAACUUAUCGAUGUUGUCAGUCAGGAAGAUGAAUUUUAUGAUGAUCUCAUUGCAAAGGCCAAGGUCGCCAAUUUGGAUGCCAUCGAGGAACUGACCGUUUUAAAAGGAAAAAAAGCAAGACUCAUGGCAGAAGAACCGAUUGUGGCCGAUGAAUGUUUAAGAAAAAUGGAAGAGCUACAAGAAGUAAAACUCUCUAACGAACGCAAGAUUAAUGAACUGGGACAACUUUACCUAAAACCGGCCCAAAAUCCGUUGUUCAUGCAUCAAAUGCCACUGAAUGAUUACUUUCGUCAACUGGAGCAAUUCAAUACGAAUGCCAAGCACUUUAUGCAAAAGAAUUUCAAAGUACAGACCAAUGACGAUGAAAUGCUUAAAGAUGACAAUAUUUUCGAUGAGAAAGCUCAACUAUUGACUGAACUAAGUAUUAUUGCUGAUCGACUGCUCAAUGCGUACAACAAAUUAUAUUUGGCCGAAAUGAAUUGCAGAGCAAAAACGGCACUGACAAAUCAGUUUAAAGCGCAAAAUUGGUCACCAUCAACAUUAAUGGGCAUGAGGCGUGAAAUGUUGCAAAUGGAACGCGAUAAUGAGCUGAAUGAAUCGCAAAAACAGCAUUUGAUUCAUAAACUACAAGAGCAGGCAGCUGAAUUGGCUCAACUAGAUGUCGAAGCAUUGGUCUAUGAAAGCAAUCAAAAGCGAAUGGGACGGGCCAAACAGCGAAUGGACUUUUUAACGCGAUUUGCCGAUAUUAUAUCAGAAACGGUGAUAUUAUCGGAAUUAUUUUGGGUGCUAAUGCAAUUAGACAUGGAACGAAUGAAAAAUCGAAAUAACUACGAUUCGAAAUUGGAUGCGUAUCGCAUGGAAUCACAUGGAUGCAAUCGUCGAAUUGAACUUAUGAAUAUGAUAGGAAAGCUCAACGACGAUGCAUUGGUUCAGUGCUAUUGUAAUCAAUUCAUGGAGUUGCUGCAAGUGAAUCAAAAUGGCUAUACUGGAUCGGUAAUCGAACAAGUGAUAAAAUGCAUUUUAUCGGUCGACGAAUUCAGAUCGAGCGUUUCACAGCUCAUACAAAAUACAGAAAACAAUAUUUAUACACUUUGGCGCAAUCAUGAUUUUUUCAAAAAGGCGGCUUACAUCGAAGAUCUAGCGAAUAAGUACCUUUAUGAUGGUCCGAUUGCAAUGCCGCAACAGUACAGUGCUUGGUAUCGAAAGAAGAAAUCAUUUUUGGAGCGUGAACUUCAAAUGAUUCGUGAAAAGAAUGACCAAAAGAAAGGAGAAUGUGGCCAUUACAUUAAGAAAUGGUCAAAUGAUAAAUACUGGCGUCACAAGCAAGUGCUUUGGGUAUGGUUUUUGACCGAACCGAAAAAAGUUAUAAAAUCGCUGAAAUCAAUCAGCAUAGAAGCCCAACAACGUAGUAAAAAUACAGCACCCAUUCCACGUCAUAUCGCUGGCAUCGUUCGGAAGAGCUAAUGAGAGUAUGCAUUUGUGUGCAAAUAACACUAUAAGCAUAACAAUCGUGAUACAACUCAUAAGUUUAAUAAUAAAUGUUCCAACAUUUUAUUGAAUAAAAAAAUAUAUCGAAAUUUAUUUCAAUUAAGGUA